AUGACCUCAUCUUCUCUUUCUGUUGAUAUUUCAUCCCUUAGCUAUAUGGAUGAUGUGAAUUGGAUUGCUAGUUCUAAAGAAGAUCUCGAAUUUAUUCUAGAUAUAGCUGAUGAAUAUUACUCUCUCAUAAGAUUAAAAUUUGGACUAUUUCAUAUUCCUAUUAUACCAGUAUUAGGUUCUGUUCGCUUCCUUGAUAUUUUGAUUAAUAUAUUUAAUUCUUCUUCCUUUGUCAAGAAACAAACCAAAGAUACCAUCUCCUCUUUCAUUACCACCCUCAAAUCAAAACUACUCACAGAUAAACAACUUAUAUAUUUUUUUAAUACUGUUCUCAUGCUCACUUUGGAGUACAGUUUACAAAUAAUACCACUAUCCUUUAAUGAAUGCAAUACUCUCUCUGCUCCAAUUCAAAGGCUAUUAAAAUCCAAUUCAAAAUUCGCCAGCUCAGCUCCAGAUUGUCUCUUUAAAGAAAACAACUUUUAUAAUUUGCAUGAUCUAUGGAAUCAGCUGAUGCAAGAAUUUUCAACAGCUUUUUUGAUUAGAUUAUUUAGACUUCAAUUAAACAAUAGAUUACACGUUUCACCUUUGGUUAAAUGGGAUUUACCAUUUAAUAACAAAUCCUUUAAUAAUUUUAUUGGUGCAAUAUUUAGUUUUCUCAAACAAAAUGGACUCGAAAUUUCAUUUAAUAUUCACAAGUAUCUCAAGAAUGAAAUUAAAGGUGGCUUGAUCUCUCUAGAUUCCAUUUUACCUCAAGCUAUUUUGGUUAAACAUCAAUACAUUAUCAACAAGUUUUCUCUUUUAUUUCUUGAUCAAUUCCUGGAUAACAAAGGAUCAUCAUUUAUUAAUUGGAAGGAACUAGUUAAUAGAUCAUGCUACAAAAACAAUUUUUUUAAAAAAAAUAAUGUUUCCAAUUUCUAUAAAUUAGUUAGUAGUUUAGUAUUAAAAUCUGAUUCUUCUAGAUUAGUUUCACAAAAUUAUAGAUUAGCUCGUACCAAUAUUUUUUUAUAG